AUACCAGCUGCUCCAUCCAGCCCAUCCGCACACCACGUGACCUACUUCUCCCACGUCCUUCAGUUCAUUCAGCACCAUGGCUGUGGAUGCUGCGGAUGCUCUCUGCUGCAUCCUGCAUCCGCGCCGGCUGUCCCUCAUCUUUCUCACCGUGAUCCUCUCUUUUCUGCCAGCCCCGGCUGUGGCGCUGCUUGGCGUUCGCCCCGAAGACACUCAGAGCGGGGAUGUGUCCGUGCAGGACGGGAUUUUGAGGGCGACCGAGGGGGCUCGCUUCAUGCUGAGGGUUUACUACUCCGAGCAUCCUAACAGCGCGAACAUCAGCGGGAGACCUGACGCCGCACCUGCAGCUCCGUGGAUCGCCUUCAUAGAGGAGCCGAGCGGCGGUAGCAAGGAUGUGGAGAGGGGACUCCGCUCCAAGGGAGACCCGUGUGAGGAGGAGAGCUCCCGGAGCUCCGACAUAGAACUGCUGGGCUCCUUCAGGUCCACCUCAAGUCACAACUCUGUUCUGCUUGAGUUGCUGGCCAAAGACUUGCGCAAAGAUGAGGUGAUCAAAUACUACUCCAUGUGUGCGUUUGACGGAGUGAAAUGGAAGCACUUCAGGACGAAAGACUUCUGGCUGGCUGUGGUGGAGAGACCUCCAGAGCCAGAUGCUUGGCUCCAAGCGGGGGUCUCUGUGCUUUUAUUAGCGCUAUCUGCCCUGUGCAGCGGGCUGAACAUCAGCAUGCUGGCUCUUGACCCCGUGGAGCUGCGGGUCCUGCAGAACAGCGGCACAGAAAAGGAGCAGAAAUACGCACGGAAAAUAGAAUCCGUGCGUAAACAUGGGAACUACAUCCUCUGCACUGUGGUGCUGGGCAACGUCCUCACAAAUACGUGUUUUGUGGUGUGGAUGUGCCAGAUUUUAGGAAUGACCGCACUAUCGACUACCUCCUGCACUUUGGGGAUCUUCUUUAUCGGAGAAAUAUUACCCCACUCCGUUGCGUCCAGGCACAGCCUCGCCAUCGCCUCCAAGACUCUUUGCGCCACCCGUUUGCUGAUGCUAAUUUUCUUCCCCAUUGCAUACCCAGUGUCCAAGAUCCUGGACAUCAUGCUGCACCAGGAAAUCAGCAGCUUUUACACCAGGGAGAAGCUGGUGGCCAUGCUGCGCGUCACGGAUCCAUAUCAUGAUCUGGUCAAGGAGGAGCUGAACAUCAUCCAGGGAGCCCUGGAGCUGAGGACCAAAACCGUGGAGGAUGUCUUGACCCCUCUGACAGACUGCUACAUGCUAUCAUCAGACGCGGUCCUGGACUUUUGCACCAUGUCCGACGUGAUGCAGAGCGGCUUCACCCGAAUUCCGGUCUAUGAGAACGACAGGUCCAACAUUGUGGACAUCCUUUUCGUGAAAGACUUGGCCUUUGUGGAUCCGGACGAUUGCACUCCCUUGAAAACAAUCACGCAGUUCUACAAGCAUCCCAUGCACUGCGUCUUCAGUGACACCAAGCUGGAUGUGAUGCUGGAGGAAUUCAAGAGAGGGAAGUCUCACCUGGCCGUGGUGCAGCGGGUGAACAGCGAAGGCGAGGGGGACCCUUUCUACGAAGUGAUGGGCAUUGUAACGCUGGAGGAUGUGAUCGAAGAAAUCAUCAAGUCUGAGAUUGUGGAUGAGACAGACCUGUACACUGACAAUCGGACCAAGAGACGAGUGUCCCACCAUGAGAGAAAGCAACAGGAUUUCUCUAUCUUCAAGCUAGGAGAAAAUGAGCUAAAAGUGAAGAUUUCUCCCCAGCUGCUGCUUGCCACACACCGUUUCUUAGCUACAGAAGUGGAGCCGUUCAGGUUGUGUCACCUGUCGGACAAGAUCCUGCUGCGCCUCAUCAAACACCCGAGUGUCGUGCAGGACCUGAAGUUUGACCCCAAGAACAAACACGCUCCUCAACACUAUCUUUAUCAGAGAAACAAACCAGUUGACUACUUCAUCCUCAUUCUGCAGGGACGGGUGGAGGUGGAGAUCGGAAAGGAAGCUCUUCGGUUUGAAAAUGGAGCCUUUUCCUACUAUGGCAUGCCAGCGCUUAUCCCACCACUGCCAACUGUCCACAGAUACAGCUCUCGAAGCAGCGGCCUGAACCAGUCGGACUUGUUACUGAGCGGGGGCAGCUUGGGGCAGCUCACACCGGGCGGAGGGGCCUAUUUACCAGACUACUCAGUGCGGCAACUCACAGACCUGCAGAUCAUCAAGAUCAGCAAGAACCAUUACCAGAAUGCAAUGACAGCCACCCGGAUGGACAGCACUCCUCAGACCCCCGAUACUGUGGAUCCUGACAUUAAAGGGAGACCCCCAGGCCCAGAGGCUCGCUCAAACAGCAUCGCUCUCCCACUCAUGAGCACACACACUCGACUGGGGCUGGCGCGCUUUGCACACCUCCAUCCAUACGGUGGCCUUCACAGCACCUCCCAGCUCAACGAGAGAAACCGCAUUGUUCGCAGUAAAUCUGAUGGGCAGAGGAGUCCAAAUGAUACAGUGUUCCUUCGCAUGGAUGAGAUUCCUUACAUCCACGAAGACCGACCGGAAAGUUCUGCUGACAAUGAUGUGCCUACAGAGCCGUCCACCUCCCCCUUCAUCAGCUCCCUGUCCCUGUCCAGCUCAGAGGAGAACAUAGGAAAGAAGCUCCUGCGUAAACUGAGUAACAAGAGGAGGAAAAAGUCUCGAGAAGGAGAAAAGAGUUUGGAGGAGGAGGAGGGGUCAGAGCAGCCAUCGGUAACAAGCUAGUCCAGCAAAAUUAAGGAGGAGGGAUAAAUCAUGCACACCCUUCCUCUUGUUAUUCCCUGGACACCCUGUGUACCUAAAAGUUAUUUGAACUUGUUCAACUCUUCUUCACCCACUUAUAAAUCCUCAGGACCCCUGGA